AUGCAGGAGAAAUCGCGCCAUGAACCAAUUCCACUGAUAGCGCCGAAAAUAGUGUCAGAUCCUGGUCCCGUUCAAAUACCAAAGGGCAAAAUUAUUGGAAAGCGCUGGCGAAUACUUAAAAAACUGGGAGAAGGAGGUUGUGGAUCAGUUUACAAAGUUGAAGAUAUUAACACAAAGCAGGAAGCGGCACUGAAAGCUGAGUCAAAUUUUGUAUCAGGCGGAAGCGUUUUAAAACUUGAGGUUCAAAUAUUGCGGCGACUAGCUAACAAGCCAUACGUGGCCCAACUUAUCCAGUCCGGAAAGCGCGAACAGUACUGCUAUAUAGUAAUGACUCUUCUAGGAGAAAGUUUGAGGCAUAUAACAAAAAGACUUGGCAAGAUCUUCAGCGUCUCUACACAGGUCCGGAUUGGAAUAAAUGUAUUAUUUGGAUUGAAGCAAAUUCAUGAUAUCGGCUUUAUCCACCGAGACAUUAAACCAGCAAACAUGGCUUUAGGAAGAAUAGGUACUCGAGAGUACAGAUUCAUUCACCUAUUGGACUUUGGCCUGGCUAGAGAAUAUAUUAUAAAGGAUGAUAAUGGAAAAAUAAAAAUGAGAAGACCACGACCAAGAGCUUUGUUUCGAGGAACAACUAGAUAUUGUUCGGUCAGUACACAUGAGAAAGUUGAGCAAGGAAGAGUAGACGACUUAUGGUGUCUGUUGUAUAUGUUGGCCGAGCUGCGCGGACCUCUUCCUUGGGCGAACGCCAGCGACAAGAAGGAAGUGUACGAAAUCAAACACAGAACUGAAAUAGAUGUUGUGCUAGAGAAUUGCCCCGUGCAGUUCAUAAACUUCGCUGAGCAUCUGAACACUUUGAACUAUUAUAAACGACCCGACUAUUUGAUGUUAUACAAUUUGCUCGUUGAUGUCAUGAAAGCAGGGAGGUUCAGGUAUACAGAUCCCUAUGACUGGGAUUUACGUCCCAAAACAGAGGAAGCAGAACCAGUUGACAACAAAAAGGGCAAUGCACAACCUGUCACGAAUGGCAAUAAGCAACCCGUAACGCUGAACCUUAAUUCCGCAUCCACUGCAAGUUCUGAAGUUGCAACCUGCAAAAUGGUUGAUGAAAACAACCCGUUUCCAUCAGAAUUUUUCGCCAAAAAUCCUUUGGGAUUCUGA